GCCCCCACGCCGCGUUCCGUCCGGCCUGCGCACCGCCCGGCGGGGCGAUGUAGGGGACAUGCCCUGACGGGACGACGAGCGGUCGGGGCGCCGCCUGCGAGGGCACAGCUGCGCCAGCGGGUCGGCCGCGCUCGGCGAGGCCCCCUGAGCACCGCCGCUAUGGCCGGGGCCGGGCUCUGGACGAGCAUCAAGUCCCUGCUAAGGAGGAGCGAGGACCCGCUGUUCCUGAACGAUUCCAGUGCCUUUGACUUCUCGGACGAGGUGGGGGAUGAGGACUUCCCCAGGUUUAACAAGCUGCGCGUGGUGGUGGCGGACGACGGUUCGGAGGCGGCUCCGGAGACGCCGGUAAACGGGACAUCUCCGGGGAUGCCGUCGGACGACGAAUCCCUGCUGGACCGGGACAUCGCCCUGCGCAGCGCCGGGGCCGGCCGGCCGGACCCUUGCAGCGGCUGCAGCAGCCGGCGGGAGCGCUCCAAGCAGAGGAAGGUGAAGAAGCGGCUGACGCUCGCUGCCUUCCUCUACCUCCUCUUCAUGACGGGGGAGCUCAUAGGUGGCUAUGUUGCUAACAGUCUAGCAAUUAUGACAGAUGCACUUCACAUGCUAACUGACCUUAGUGGUAUUAUUUUGACCCUCCUUGCUCUCUGGCUGUCUGCAAAAUCUCCRACAAAGAGGUUCACUUUUGGAUUUCACCGCUUAGAAGUACUGUCAGCCAUCAUUAGUGUAUUGCUGAUCUAUAUCCUUACGGCAUUCCUCUUGUAUGAGGCUGUUCAGAGAACUAUCCAUAUGGACUAUGAAAUAAAUGGUGAUGUCAUGCUCAUCACAGCAGCUGUCGGUGUUGCAGUUAACGUAAUAAUGGGGUUUUUGCUGAAUCAAUCUGGUCACCUUCACUCCCACUCCCAUUCCCACUCUCACUCUCACGUACCUCAGUCAAACUCUCCAAACACAUCCCAGGGCAGCAGCCAUGGAAACAGCAGCCUGGCCGUGAGAGCAGCAUUUGUCCAUGCCCUGGGGGACCUGGUACAAAGCAUUGGUGUGCUCAUAGCUGCCUACAUCAUCCGCUUUAAGCCGGAAUACAAGAUUGCUGAUCCUAUAUGUACAUAYAUAUUUUCCAUACUGGUGGUUUUUACAACAAUUCGAAUUCUGUGUGACACAGGACUGAUUAUUCUGGAAGGAGUUCCAAGGCACAUAAAUGUGGAUCGCAUCAAGGAAGACUUGAUGAAAAUUGAAGAUGUUUAUUCUGUAGAAGAUUUAAAUGUUUGGUCUCUCACUGCAGGAAAAACAGCUGCCAUAGUCCACUUGCAACUAGUUCCUGGUAGUUCAUCUAAAUGGGAGGACGUUCAGUCCAAGGCCCGACAACUGCUGCUGAACACAUUUGGAAUGUACAAGUGCUCUGUCCAGCUUCAGAGUUACAAACAGGAAAUGAACAAAACCUGCCCRAGUUGUCAGAGUUCCAGUGCCUAAUUUCAUAUGUUUUGGGAACUGCUGCCUUAUUCUUUACCUUGUGUAGUCAAAGACUGAGAGCAAUAAAUGCAAAAUGAAAACUAUCCAAUAGUAACCAUUAAUAUGUGGAUUCGUACCAUGGGACAUGCAGCAGGGAGAACUGGUGCUGCAAAAAGUGCAGUGGUUGCCCUACAGAACACAUGUUUCACUUUCUCGCUUGUACCGGUUUAUUCAAUUUAUUAUGAUUUUGAGAAAAAGCUGUUUCUUGAUUAUUGUUUACAAACUGGAAUGUGGUUCUGCAGAUACCUCACAAAUUACAGUCCAAUAUUGUCCUUUAAUCAUUACGUACCACAAAGUACCCGCACUCCAAACAGAGUAUCAAAUAUUCAGUGUUUCAGUCAAAAGUCUCUCAUGCGGAUCAUACCAGGUUUGUACAAGAUAUCAUGAUCCCCAAAUUAAUUACUCAGUAUUUUUGCAAUAGUAAUUUUCUUACAGUAUCUCAAACUAUUAACACACACAUGAAGUUGAAAUCUUGUGGAAACKGUCUCUUUGGAGACACUGCAAAAUACAGAAUUUACUGUACCCAGACCAGAAAUUUAGCUUUAAUCUGGGCACUCAGAGAUCCAAAUAGGAAGAUCUUUGCCCAGACUUCGGGUAUUUAACUAGAGACCCAACACUGGACCCAAAGGGUUUUAAGUGAUCAGUUAUCUUUAAUGUAUUUUAGAAUAGGGUUUAUACAUUAGAAACAGGUUAUUUAUUUUACGAAGUUUUGACUUGUAAGAUGAAUUUAUUAAUAAUCUCGAAUGUCUAAACYAUAAUUUGAUUCACGUUAAAAGGCCAGUUGAUUAGCAUGCAUUCUAAUUGUAAUUAAUAAAUGUUCUGUAAUGUAUAAUUUUUCCAUGAUUGUUUUGUUUAAAAAAGUCAAAUGAUAGAAGCGAUGUUUGACAUGAAAAUACUCGCAAAUGCAAUCUACAGAUAUGUGCAUCUAACAGAAAAGUGAAGAGCAGAAGUUUUAGAGACGCACUGUUCCAUCCAUCACAAUCUCUGACCUUCUCAUCUUUGCUUUGAGCACAGCAUGGCAGCAUCCCAACAGGAUGCUACUGAGCACAGCAAUAGCAGUUCCCACUACCUAGCCUAUGCAUAAAGCAAAAUCCAUGCAAGCCCAGUAACCUAAUGGUGUUGGACAAUACUGUAACAAUACCGUAACAACCUAUAGCAGCAGAAAGGCCCUUUUGUAUUUACAGAGARGAGGCAGCCUGAAAAGACUGGAUUUAUCUGGACAGCUCAGAGUCCACAGUGUGGAAUGGUUUGGCCUCAUUGUGAAACUGCUGUAUUUUGAAUGUAUACAAGAUAAUCAAUCUUGAUACUUAACUAUCAUACACCUGCAAGCUCAGAUUUAACCUGCUUGKGAAGUCAUUGGCAUUGAAGAAGCUAAGGGCAGCAAGAAUAUGACCUACACAGUUCAGAAGAUGGGAGGAACUUCAAAUGUCCUUUCCUUAUUCUGUACUUUCAUCUUUAUGCUCAACUUCCACUGACAUGAAAAGUAAUUCUCUGUGUGGAUCAAAAGGGAAAAUUUUUGCCCAGUUACGGUUAUUGUGAUACACAGCUGGGAAUACUUCAGCUACUGCCUGUUUUGAAAUUCAUUAGGGUUUCACAUUUUCAUCAGGCUGAUUUGUAUCUGCAUUUGGUGGUAACAAUCUUGGCUUCUUUUCUUCCUUUUGGAGGUAGGGGUCACAUGAAUUUUUAUUGGUGAGAACUGACAGCACAUUGUGGAUUUGGACAAAGUGCACAUAGCACUGGAUUGUGUUUGUAUCUGUUUGGGCAAGAAACAGGAACACUCAUGUACAGCAUGGGAGCACAUGCAGCUCAAAAGCAGCACUGUGCUCGGGAAGGUAAUGCUGCAAUACAAACACURUCAUUAAUUAAGCCAUAUCACAGUUCAUGAAAAAUGUGCAUCCYGUCCUUACAAACUUACUGGGAAAAACACCUCAAACCACAAACAAUAGGUAUUUUGCACAUACUAAUGCUCAAAUGGGUUUUGAUUAAAUUGGGGUUUACAGUUGAUGUAAUUAGAUGUUGAAGUACAGUAGACAUGUAUUUGCAGUUUUUUAAUAAUUUACAUUUGUUUAAUUGAAGAAAAAAGGUGUGUUGCUUUAUUGUGGUUUUUAUUAAAUCAAUUAUUAAACUUCA